AUGUCUUCCAGGCUAUCGAGGCUGUCGCGCCAGGCUGUCCACGGCCUUGUCAAUUCAAUUUGCACUCCCUUACCAAAAUACCAAGAAUCGUUGAAAACCAUCAAGAAGAAUGGAUAUGAAAUCCUAGGCUAUGCUCGAAAAUCACCAACAGGUGAAGACGCUCCUUCUAGAACAAGACUAUUGAAGUCCAUGGUGUCAAAUUUAAAAGAACGAUCCUUUGCAACCAAGAUAUUCGUUUUACCUAGUAGCUGGGCAUCUUCAACACUUGCAUCGCGUGAUUUAAAAGACAAUUCACGAGCUAUUGUAGACGAGCUACGUGUUGCCGGUAACACAAAUUUGAAAUUUGAAAAUAUUGUAUUCAAAGUUCAAAAUAAAGUCAGAUCAGAACCAGCUAUAGAGUAUAUUGAUGAUACAAUGAACUACAACUACCUUAUUGACAUUGUUCUUGGAGAAGAAGUCGAAGAAUUUUUACAAGCACUGUCUAAUGUUUGCCCUUGUAUUUCCUAA